CUCUGCGCAUGUGCACUCCUUCCUGGCGUGCCACUUCCCAGUCGCUCGGCCGAGCGCGGAGCCUCCGCGCCGUCUCUGUGCGCCUGCGUGCUGUCACCCUGCGCAGCCCGGGAGGCGGGUCCUAGCGCCAGGUGCGUUCCGCGCGGAGGAGGCGCUUCCGCAGGCGUUGGUGUCCACCUGGGCGUCGUGAGGGCGAAAGUGGCGCGGGCUGGUCCCUGGACACCGCGGAGGACCGGAUCUCGGCCCGUGGGGCGGGGUCCUUGGCGGGGAUCGAGCGCCCCCUCCUGGGGACGGGCGGUUUGGUUGCAAGGGCCGCCGAGACGUUCUCUAAGCGGGCAGCCUUGGGGUCCUUGUUGGGACGGGGGCUCGGGGAACUGCGGCAGCUCUUUUCAUCGUAGGGGCCCUUCCCUAGUGUCGCAUGUCCCUUGUCCGGGCUCAUGGAGACCUUGCGGCCACAACGGCGGUGCCUUUGUCUGAAGAAGGGGAGGUGACCUCGGGCCUCCAGGCUCUGGCCGUGGAGGAUACCGGAGGCCCCUCCGCUUCGGCCAACAAAGCCGAGGACGACGGGGAGGAGGGAGGCCAGGAGGAGGCCGGGUGUGAGGGCCCCGGGACUGAGGAGGCGCAGGGAGAGACCCCCCGCGAGGAUGGGGAAGAGCUUGCCAAGGGGGAGGCGGAGGACUGGUGCGUGCCCUGCAGCGAUGACGAGGUGGAGCUGGCCGCCGACGGGCAGUCCUGGAUGCCCCCUCCCUCGGAAAUCCUGCGGCUCUAUGAACUGCUGGCCGCCCACGGCACCCUAGAGCUUCAGGCCGAGAUCCUGCCCCGACGGCCCCCCACGCCGGACGCCCCGAGUGAGGAGGAGAGAUCGGACGAGGAGCCGGAGGCCAAAGAAGAGGAGGAGGAGAAGCCACACAUGCCCACCGAAUUUGACUUUGAUGAUGAACCCAUGACACCAAAGGAUUCCCUGAUUGACCGGAGACGCACCCCAGGGAGCUCAGCUCGGAGCCAGAAACGGGAAGCCCGCUUGGACAAGGUCCUUUCAGACAUGAAGAGACAUAAGAAACUGGAGGAACAGAUUCUCCGGACUGGCAGGGACCUCUUCAGCCUAGACUCAGAGGACACCAACCCCACCAGUCCCUCACUCCGGUCCUCUGGGAGCGGUCUCUUCCCCCGGCAGCAGCGGAAAUAUUAACUGCAGUUGCUUCUGCCUUUCAGGUGCAAAGUACGCACCCACCGGCCCUCCAUUCUCCCAGCAUCUGGGAAAAGGGUGUGAAUGUGUGCGUGUGAGAUGGCGACCCCAUCCUCCCAACACAAAGAUGUGCGUGUGUGUUUCUGGUUUGUGUUGAACAUUUUUUUGGAAGCCUGGACUGACUUUUGAAUCGCAAAUAAAAAGUAGUUAUCGUCUCUUAGAGCUGGGCAUGCCCUUAGAGCCCAGACGGAAGCCCUGGUGGGAGGGAGAACUACCUUCCCCCAGACUGGGAAAUUCAAGCCAGAUGGGGCA